AUGGGCUUUACAGGAGUCUCAUUCUACACAGACUGGAGCCUACUCGAAGGGAAUCCAGGACAUUUUAUUACAGAUGGUAUAUGGAGUCUAGAUAAGUUUUUCAAUGCAGCAACACAAGCUGGCAUAUACCUGAUCGCUCGACCGGGACCUUAUAUCAAUGCAGAAACCACUGGUGGCGGCAUACCCGGAUGGGUCCUCCGACAGCAAGCUGUUAUUCGAUCUGAUGACCCAGAAUAUCUCAAUACGACAGCGAAAUAUGUGUCGACGCUGGGUCAGAUCAUUGAACGCGCGCAGAUCACCCAUGGUGGUCCGGUUAUCAUGGUUCAACCGGAGAAUGAGUUCUCUACUUGGCCUGAUGUGACUAAUUUCCCGAGUGAGAUGAAUAGGGGGUAUAUGGCCCAUGUUGAGAAACAGCUUCUGGAUGCAGGUAUAACUGUUCCUUUGAUUGACAAUGAUAACCUGAAUCUGGGGUACUUCGCUCCGGGGUCGGGCGUGGGAGAAGUAGAUAUAUAUGGCAUCGACUCUUAUCCAAUGCGUUAUGAUUGUGCACAUCCUACUGUCUGGCCGACCUAUAGGUUCCCAUACAACUGGCAGAUUUUGCACGAACAAAACAGUCCAACGACACCUUUCGCUAUUGCUGAAUUUCAAGGUGGCUCCGGAGAAGGAUGGGGAGGUGUGGAUCAAGACAUGUGUGGCCAGUUGGUGAACGAGGAAGCAGUCCGGGUUGUGUACAAAAACAACUACAGUUUCGGAGUGAAGAUCUUUAACAUUUAUAUGACCUUCGGGGGCACCAACUGGGGCAACCUGGGAUACAUGGGGGGAGAUACAUCAUACGAUUAUGGAGCCGCAAUUGCUGAAGACCGGACAAUCUCGCGUGAGAAAUACAGUGAACAGAAACUUGAAGCCAAUUUCCUCAAAGUGUCACCUGCUUAUUUGGCAGCGACCUCCCAUCUUGGAGUCAAUGGGUCUUACGGCGCCCCGGCUGCGAUUGCUGUGACUCCUCUCAUUGGAAAUGGAACACAGACAAACUUCUACGUUGUUAGACACGCUGACUUCACCUCCACCGACAAAACCCAAUAUAUUCUCAAUCUCGCGACUAGCGUUGGCAAUAUCACUAUCCCCCAGCUAGGAGGUCAACUGGCACUCAACGGUCGCGAUUCCAAAUUUCAUGUCACGGAUUACGAUGUCGGCGGCAUCAACCUGAUUUACUCCUCCGCGGAGAUAUUCACAUGGGCGAAAGGAGCUCAGUCGGCACGAUUACUGAUUCUCUACGGGGGCGCCGGAGAAAUUCACGAGUUUGCUCUGCCUAGCCAUUUUGGAAAGCCGACUGUCGCCGAAGGGACAGGCAUCACCAUUAAGCGACGCGGGGUUUCUUGGGUUUUACAAUGGCAUGUUACACCGAACCGACGUAUCGUCCGAGUGGCAGACCUGGAAAUAAACCUGCUUUGGCGGAAUGAGGCAUACAACUACUGGGUCAUGGAACUGCCUACUUCAGGCCCGAUUGGAAAUUAUUCAUCGCCAUCCAAAGACGUGGUGGUCCUCAAGGCCGGAUACCUUAUCCUUACAGCGGAUCUGAUAGACAUGCGUCUUUGUUUGACCGGCGAUGUGAAUGCGACUACGGAUAUUGAGGUCAUCUCUAGCCCGGCUAAGCAUCUUCACAGUAUCACGUUCAACGGAGAGGAGUUGAAAACCUCUAUAUCGCCCGAUAGGAAGAUCUCCGGGACUGUCAGAUACAACCUUGCUAAGUUUGGCAUUCCCGAUCUGUCCAACCUGGAAUGGAGGUUCCUUGAUUCUCUUCCUGAAAUUAUGACGUCGUACGACGAUUCAGCAUGGACAUUGUGCACUUUGAAGUCAACUCACAAUCCGCGGGCGUUGAACACUCCGACUAGUCUCUAUUCCAUGGACUACGGAUAUCACACUGGGUCUCUCUUCUAUCGCGGUCACUUCAAUGCCAAUGGCCAAGAAUCCAAUGUGUGGCUAAAUGUAUCGGGUGGCACAGGCUUCGGGCAUUCUGUUUGGUUGAACAACACUUUCCUCGGCUCGUGGACUGGAUCGAGCGCCAACUCCACAAUCGUGCAUAAUGUGACACUGCCAUCAGCCUUGUCACGAGGCAGCCCGUACGUGCUGUCCAUUUUGAUUGAUCACAUGGGCCAAGAUGAAGAAGCACCCGGUACUGACGGAAUCAAAUUCCCGAGGGGUAUUCUGAAUCAUGGAAUUUCGGGACCAAUCCGAUGUCUCGUGGAAGCUGACUGCAUAUAUGCCGAGAGACAGGGAUACCACUAUCCUGGUCCACCGGAUUCUGAAUGGAAGAAGUCAAACCCGGUCAUCGACGGCUUGUCGCAUGCGGGCGUUGGCUUCUAUACAGCAUCUUUCCGACUCAAUGUCCCGAGCGGGUGGGACGUCCCAAUGAGUGUCGUAUUCGGUAACUCUUCCCAGGUCGAUUCGGCCAGUGGACGAGACAACUACAGAUGCCAAUUGUUUAUCAAUGGAUACCAAUUUGGGAAGUAUAUAAACAACCUAGGUCCUCAGCAGGCAUUUCCUGUUCCGGAAGGAAUUCUCAAUCAUGAGGACGGGAAUUUCAUAGCUUUGACUGUUUGGGCACAGGGUAGAUUGGGUGCUGCGCUUGGAGAAUUUGAGUUGGUGCCCACAUCAGUCAUAAAAUCUGGCUACAGUAGACCUCAGCCCGUGCCACAACCGACAUGGGUACAGCGAAAAGGCGCUUACUAG